ACUCUCCAUCAACGGAAUAAUAAAGAACGAGAAAGGAGAUUUAAAGCAAGUGCCGCUUCUUUUCUGUUGCAUGUCUCGAAGAAGAGCUAUUGACUAUAUAGCGGUGUUCCAAAAACUAAAGGAAAUCAUGCCCCUUCCCAGAGUUGAACGGAUUGUGACAGAUUUUGAACGCGCAGUUUUUGUCGCAGUCCGAAAACUGUUUCCUUCUUGCUUCCACUUGGGAUGUAAUUUCCAUUGGUGCCAGGCAAUAAUGAAGAAAAUCCGCGAUUUUAACCUGUCGACCGAGUACAACAAAAAAGGACCCAAUCCUGUUCGCGACUUCGUUUUUCGUCUGCUUUGUCUCGCCUAUCUUCCAGCCGAUAAAAUACCUUCGGUGUUUGACUCCUUACGAACAUCGGUGCCACCAAUACUGGAGACAUUAAUGGACUAUAUGGAGCGAAACUGGAUUCGAGGCCGUUUUUGGACUCCUGUUCAUUGGUCCUGUUUCAAUCUCCUUCUGAAAACAAAUAACGAUUGUGAAGGGCUUCACAAUGACUGGAACAAGUUGGCGGGUGGCCCAAAUCUCCCGUUUUACAAGAUGACGUUGGUGCUGGAGCAGCUGUGUCAAGACUUAUCAACCAUGGAACUACUGGAGGAAAUAGUAUUAGAACUGAAAACCUCAUUCCCAACUGUAGUCACUGACCAUCCUUUGAACCUUAACGACGAAAACAUAGAUAAUUACGACAUGUCCUUCGAGAGCGAUGACGAAUUGUGA